CUGCGGCUUCGUAGAAUUUUCAUGGCCCUCGUCCGGAAAUACACAUUCGAGUGAAAUACACGUAGAUAUAGAAAGGAGAAAUUUGAGACGAUCGUUGAACUAAGGUCUCUCAGUAAUACCAGUAACAUUAUCGAUCCACAAGAAGAGGUAUCACUUUCAGUGAUAUUCUGAACCACUUUACAGUUCACAUGCUCAAAUCGAACAUAGCAACCUGAAUUUUCACAUUUUACAUAAUGAGAUAGCAUAUCCAAAAGGUCAAAUUCGGUAUUGAUGAGUUGGUGUGAUUCUGUGAUUUUUCUCUGGACCGAUGGAAACCCAAACUCUCAUCGACUUCAAGAGCAAACCAGGGUGCUCUAGUGAGAAGGAUGAUUACAGCCGUGUAGAAGCUGGGUCUUUACAGACAGAGUCUUGGAGAAUGGAUUAUGGCUCCUGUAGACCUCAUUGUUCGUUACCACCCAAAAGUCAGCUAGUAUUCAAAUGGUGCGAUAUCAACGCCUACGGUGAGCAAAAAAACCCAUCGGAACAGAUGACAUUCAGUAGAUAUCUGAGUAGAAGAAGCAAGAUCAAGAAGCAUAUACUGAAAAAUGUGAAUGGAGUGGCCUAUCCAGGAGAGCUGCUGGUACUUAUGGGAUCAAGCGGUGCCGGCAAAACUACCCUUCUGAACUGCAUGACCUUCAGAAAUGUGAAAUCCCUAGAUAUAACUGGUCAGAUAUGCAUAAAUAAUGAACCAGUAACGCAGUCUCAAUUAGCGGCCCAUUCUGCGUACAUUCAACAGGACGACAUGUUCAUCGGCUGGUUGACUGUGAGGGAACAUCUCAUUUUUCAGGCCUUAGUACGCAUGGAUACCAGUUAUACCUACGAAGAAAGAGUUCAUCGAGUGGACAACGUCAUAGGGGAGCUCUCCCUGAAGAAAUGUCGAGAUACGCAGAUCGGAUAUCCUGGCGUGACCAAGGGAAUUUCUGGGGGUGAAAGGAAACGAUUGGCUCUUGCCGCAGAACUGCUGACAGAUCCAUCCCUGCUCUUCUGUGACGAGCCAACAUCAGGCCUUGAUUCGUUCAUGUCGUUGAACGUAGUGCAAAUGCUCAAAACGAUGGCGAAAACUGGGAGAACAGUGAUUUGCACACUCCAUCAACCCUCUUCUGAGCUCUUCCAGAUGUUCGAUAAAAUAUGCUUCCUGGCCGAAGGCAGGGUAGCUUUUCUUGGCGAUUCUACGGAAGCCAAUUCUUUUUUCGAAAGAGUUAGAGCUCCAUGUCCCGUCAAUUUCAAUCCUGCAGACUACUACAUCCAGUUAUUGUCAAUAAUACCAGGAAGGGAAGAGUCUUGCAGGCAAGCAGUGAAAACCAUUUGUGAUUCCUUCGAAACGUCCGAAUUUGGACAAAGGAUAUUAAGAGAAACAUCUCUACCAGUAAGAUCCCCAUCUAACUUCCUUCCAAAUUCUGAUUAUUCCCAUUUUCAGCAGGCAACAGUUUUUGAAAAUAUCUGGCUGAUCACCAAGCACCAAGUUAGUCCAUACAAAGCAUCCUGGUUCUGCCAAUUCAGGGCAGUUUCUUGGAGGUGCUGGUUGUCCAUAACGAGGAAUCCUCGACUGACCAAAGUUAGAUUUCUGCAAGUACUGUUCGUCACAGCCCUGCUCAGCCUCUUGUUCUGGCAGCAAAAGUAUGAUCAAUUCGGUGUGCAAAACAUCAACGGUGUUUUGUUUCUGUUUCUGACUAACGCGACUUUUCAGAACCUAAUUGGUGUGAUAGCGACCUUUUGUGGGGAGUUGCCCCUUUUUCUCAGGGAGCACAAGAAUGGAAUGUAUAGGUCGGACGUCUAUUUUCUAUCGAAAAUGCUGGCAGACAUUCCUAGUUUCACCAUAUUGAAUGUACUGAUGACAUCGAUUUGUUACAUUUGCAUUGGAUUGAACCCUCAGUGGCCGAAAGUUCUGAAUGCUGUUGGAAUCAUGUUGCUGGUGGUAUACACCGUAAUGAGUGCAGGUUAUUUUAUAUCGACAGUAGCGCCCAACAUAGCAACUGCCAACAGCAUGGUAACAAUGGUAGUUACACCAUUUCUUAUUUUCGGCGGAUUUUUCUUGAGUAUGAGAUCUAUACCCUCGUAUCUCACUUGGCUGGCGGAUUUUUCUUGGUUUAAAUAUGGAAAUUCAGCCCUUCUCAUCAAUCAAUGGACAAAUGUGACAAAUAUUAUCUGUAACAACAAUACCUCAGCAUGCUUGAAUAAUGGAGAAGUGGUUUUGGAAUCUUUAGGUGUUAACGGAGUGAGUAGAAACAUAUUUUGUGAAUUUUCUCCAUUUUUUUUCAAAUUUGAUGAACGGUGCAAUUUUUUCAUUUAAACAUAUUUUUCAAGCUGCAGUUUAGUUCGUAUUUCCACAAGCAUGUUAAUUUUUACAGGGUGAUUUCCUGCAGUCCAUCCUGUGUCUUAUUGCUUUGACAGUGCUGUUGCGGGUUGUCUCCUUCAUGGUUCUCUUGUACAAAGCGUACCAUUUUGAAUGAAAUAAAUAUUCGAAAAUCACCAAACAUGUCCAGACGUCAUUGUUAAAUAAAGAAUAUAGAAUA